AUGGGGAUGCAUGCUUUGAUGGAUGUUCGGUGCAAGAAUCUAGUAAACCCCUUAUGUGACUGGCUCGGCGAGACAUAUGACCCUGCCUCCAGGGAAUUUGUGAUUCCGGGACGCGGUAGACUGCCGUUGGACAAGGAAUCUGUGUUCUACACGUUGGGCGUGCCCCGUGGAGAACUCAAUGUCCCGUACGAGGUGGAUAAUGAUAUCGAGAAAUCCUUGUUUGCCCGUUUGUUUCCUGGCAUGGAAUCCAUGCCUAACACGACUGCGCUGGCAACUGCGCUGGAGGGCAUGCGAACCCAUGGUGAGAUAUUCAAGAUGAAGCUUCUCAUCUGCAAGGCAAAGAUUGGAGAAGUUAAGAACAUGAAUUGGUGCAAAUUCAUCGCGAACUUCCUGCAUGAUGCAUUCUCGAACAAGAUGUACCAGAAGGGGUGUCGCUUGCACCUAAUGCUCAUGUAUGUUGAUCGUCUAGAUCUCUCCACUGUUGACUUUACUGGGGUAGGAGGCCCUCCGCCUCCUCACAAGUUUGCUGUCUCGGCCUGGACGUACGAUGCUGUCAAGGCUGUGCUUGCCGCAGACAGGAUCUCUGAGACAAAAUAUGGGAAAUUACAGCUGAUGGCCAAGCAUGCUAUAGACUACAGUGUGUUUGGUGGGCCACAAAAUUUUGGCAAGUGGAUGGAUGUACACUCAGCCCCAUCUUGUACUCCCGAGGCGAGGGCACCUGUUGAGGCUCUAGUUGGGCAGUUUGCUUCCGGCAUGACUGGCUUGCUCGGAAAGUUGGUCGGGGGCUUGACGGCUCUCAAAUACACCGACACCGAUGGUGUUGCGAGGCAGUUCUCGUCGUACAUUGGAGAACGGACAAAUCGGCCAACUGGUUGCCGUGGCAGAUACGACUAUAACAGCUCUCAGGAAGUCCUCGACACGCAAGACGAGCUAGUCGGAGACGAGCAGGACGACGACGUUGAAUUGGAGAACGUGCAUCAUGAAGCCGCCGAGGAUGAACAUGCCGACGUUCGUGCAGACGCAAAGAAGGGCAAGGCUGGACUGAAAGUUACAUCAUCGGAGAAAGGCAAUAUACAAACUGUUGCGAGAGACACGGCAGUGUCCCCAUCCAAGAGGGGCAGGGCUGCAAAAGAUGCUGGCCAAGGUUCUGCUGCCAAGAGGUCUAGGACCGAUCCAGUAGCUGCUAGGAGAAGUGAGCCGACAGCUGGUGGACGAGCAUCCACGAAAAAACAUGUAGCAACGCCAACACGUGCUUCGGCCCGUUUGAACAGGGGUGCUGCCAAUCCUGGUGACACCACUUCCAAUAGGUUGCCACCUCGCGCGUUGACGUCCAAUACCGGGGAUCCUGUCGUGUUGCCAAAUAUGAGGAAGCAAAUCAAGAAGUGUGUUACCCCCUGA